AUGUCAUCGGAACAUUUUCCAGCCCCAAAUGGGAUGCUCCCCUACUGGCGCACGGAGCCCCAUCGACUCGACAACCAUCGGUCCACGGAAGCUUUGCCGAAGGAGAGUGAUAUCGUUAUUGUGGGUGCUGGAUAUGCGGGCUCGUCAAUUGCAUAUCAUAUUCUCGAGCAAACUCCUUCUGGAUCUAAGCCACCUUCUAUCACUAUUCUAGAAGCGCGGCAAGCUUGUUCUGGAGCUACAGCUCGGAAUGGAGGCCAUAUGAAGCCAGAUAUCUACAACUUUGUCGCUACGAUUGAAGCAGAGCAUGGCGUCGAAGCUGCAGCAGAGGUUGCAGCAUUUGAAGCUAAACAUGUCUACGCUGUGAAGGACUUUGUUGAGAAUAAAAAGAUUGACUGCGACUAUACAGUCACCAAAGCGAUUGAUGUGCAAUUGAGUUCCGAUCAUUUCCAGAAACUUAAAAAUGGAUAUGAACGGUUACUCUCGAAUGGCUGUGAACCGACCAAGCAGGCUCGGUUUGUGAACGCCAAAGAUGCAGAAUCGUUCUCGGGUGUCAAAGGCGCUGUUGGCUGCGUUACAUAUGAUGCUGGUAGUAUCUGGGCUUACAAAUUUGUGCUCCACCUCCUUGAGAAGGUCGUCUCACAAGGCGUGAAUCUGCAGACCCAUACGCCCGUGUCGAAAAUCACGAAAUCAACCAAUGGUUCAUCAUCCGCUGCAAGGUGGAAAGUGGAGACUGCGCGCGGCACUAUCAUAGCACGAAAGGUGAUCCUUGCAACCAAUGCUUAUACCUCUGCUCUUGCGCCGCAAUACCAGAACAACAUUAUCCCCGUCCGAGGAACGUGCUGUCGAAUUGCUGUCCCUCCCGCAUCGACAGCUCCACGUUUGACCUGUACUUAUACUCUGCGGUGGAAUGGAUGGGACUAUGACUAUUUGAUCCCACGCGCUGACCGGAGUAUCGUGGUUGGGGGUGCCCGGACGGCGUUCAUCCACGACUUGAAUAACUGGUAUAACGUCAGCGACGAUAGUCGAGUUUUGGAAGAUGCCGUGCGCUACUUUGAUGGGUAUAUGCAGAGAAACUUUGUAGGGUGGGAGGAUAGUAAUGCGUACACCGAUCGUGUGUGGACUGGAAUCAUGGGAUAUUCAUCAGAUGGAUUUCCGCACAUUGGGUCUGUUCCUGGACAGGAAGAUCAAUUUAUCCUGGCUGGAUUUACUGGUCACGGAAUGCCACAGAUCUUUUUGGCUGCGGAGGGGAUUGCGAAGAUGGUCGUGGGCGAUGUGGCAUUUGAGGAGACUGGUCUGCCCCGGCUAUUCAAGACCAGCCAGGCGAGACUCGAUAGGCAAGAGAACAAUAUAUUGAAGGGUGGGCCUGGGAAUGGAUCAUCUCAGGCCAAGCUUUGA